CGGUGUUUUGUUUGUGUGUAAAAAUGGUUAUGCUUUAUGGCUAUGUUUAGAUAAUUUUUCGCGGUAAUCAAAUAAAUUUCUCGUGGAGUUAGGACGGAGGAAGAUGAACGCUACGAGUCUUUACGUAUCGACAUGUCGGUUGGUUUUACAAGCGGAUGCUGAAGAUCCGAAUUCAUGGACAGACUUGUAUAGGCUAGUUCCGUACUUGCGGCAGAGCUUGAGUUGUACAGUGUGUUCGAAUUUGUUGAUCGAGCCGCAUACACCGACUGAAACGAACUGUCAACAUCAUGUGUGUCGUGGAUGUAGAGGUGGUCGUAAAAAACUCAAACCAUCGUGUAGUUGGUGCAAGGAUUAUGAUAAAUACGUUGAAAACGUCCAACUUCGGAUAUUAUUACAGUGUUACAAAAAACUGUGUGAAUACUUGACAAGCACAAAUAUUUAUCGGAGCUUAAUACUCUCCGUGUCUUCCAAUACAACAAGCAAUGGGCCAUCAGCUAUCGGUGCUACUAGUCUCAUGGAACUUAUACAAGAAGGGACCGGUUUUAAAGAUGAAUUCAAAAGUACUGCUGGCUUAUCUAAAUCAGCAUACAGUAUUCUCCCUUGUGUUUAUACCAGCACUACCUCUACUCAAACUCAAGGAAAUACUAUGUCAACUUCUGAGAAUAUAUCACAAAACAUACCAGAGUCUCCUACUAUUCGUACAGUUUCAAAUGGAUCUUCGAUAUAUUCAGUGAUGUAUGCCGGGUCUGGUAACAAAAUAACGAUAAAACGAAAAGCAGCGGCCACGGAAGAAAUAGAAGUAGGACAACAGGAAAUGGAUGGAACUCAACAAGGCUCUGUAGGAGGGGUAAAAUGCAUUCCAUCUUCCCAACUUAAAUAUGGGACCCCUUCUCAGAAAAAAUCUUCAAAGGGCAGCAAAUCCUCGGGCAGUUUUAAAAAGCCACGAUCAAGUUCUACUAGGAGCAAAAGAAAAGGAUGCAGAUGUGGUAAUGCUACAGCUAUACCUGGAAAAUUAACAUGUUGUGGCCAAAGAUGCCCUUGUUAUGUUGAAAGUAAACCGUGUAUUGAAUGUAGAUGUAGAGGUUGUAGAAAUCCUCAUACAGCUGAUGGUUUAAAGAUCCGCCCACAUAUACCAGAACUUCAUAACCUGCAAUUACAACUAUCAACUCCCUUGGAUUGUGAUGAACUGAACUCGGAUCCCUUAGGAUCUGUGUCACAAUGUCUUUCAACAUCUCCUACAACAAUUCAAGUAUUAAAUGUCUAUUCUACUCCAAGACUUGAUAUUGAUAAUGUCCCACAAAAUUUACCUGCAGCUUUAUUAGUAGGAGAAGAUGCUAUAGUUAGUACUGAAAGUGAAGCAGAGGACAGUGAUAUACAAAUUGAUGUGUGACAAAGUGUUUAAAUAAAAUUAUGCGCUAUACAUGACAAAAUAGUAAGGAAUAAUUAAUUAGGAUGGAAUAUAUAUACAUUAAAAAAGUCUUAUAAAAUGAAACUUAUGCGAUAUAAUAAUCGUAAAACUAUUAUCAGGAUGAUAAAUAAUAAUGUUUCAUUUCUGGGUCUUAUUAAUCCUUUCGCGGUAGCGAAAUUGAUCACUAAAACUCGACUAGGGUCUCCGUGACAUAAGUGUACAAUUCGCGCACUGACAGUCUUUAGCGUUUCGAAUUUACUUCUUAUGCCUUGGAGAGUUUCUUUGAUAAUAAAAAUCAAGGUAAAUAAAAAAUAAAAAAGAUAAACGAAACAAAUAAAUAAUAUGCUAUGGACAAAACACUGUACAUUGACUAUAGUCAUUCGUAGUAUGUGAACAACGUUUCAUGGCAAGCGACUAUAACUUGCCCGUAAUAGCAAAAAAAAAAUAAUAGUUGAUAUUUCAGAUAUGAAAAGAUAAAUUUUGUACAACAGCAUCAAUAACCAAUAAUUUCAUUUUACUCUAAAAUCUUGCAAUUAGUUUUCUCUUGGAUGUUAGUAAAAAAUCUACUUAUUAAAAUGUAUUUAGUUAUUUUUAUAUUAAGUUUGAUGAUAUGUAUUUGCACCAACAAAAUUUAUUUUGAAUUUGGAAAUUGUCAUUGUUAUAUGAUAUUAAAAAUUAAAUGUAUACAAAUAAUCUGAGCAAUUGAUCUAGUUGUAUAGUAUAAAAGGCAAGUUCUUGGAAUCAUAAUGCUUUGAAAUUUUAUCCAAGAUUAUGACUUUUAUCCAUAAUAUUACAAAUUAUAGUUGAAAAAAUAGAAAAAUAUUUAACAUAAAAGUACAAUAUACUAUUUAAUAAAAAUAAGUCUAUCGUAUAUUUUGACGCUUAAUUCUUUUUUUUACGAUAUAAGUAUAAUAAAUCUUAAUCUUUUUAAUUGGUUAAAAGAUAUAUUAGAUAAUAUAGGUACAAAAAUAUGUAGAUAAAAACAAGAAAGAGAUACGUUCUUUUUCUUGCCCACUGCAUGAAGCUGUUGUACAUUUAAAAAAAAAAAAAUAGAGAA